CCGCGGGUCCGGCCGGGCGGGCGGGCGGCCCGGGGCCAUGUAAAGCGGCAGCGGCCGGUGGGAGCCGAACCGAGCUCGAGCAGAGAAGCCGCCGCUGCCGGCCGGGGAGGCCCCGCAGUGGGGAUCAUGGCGACGUCUAAUCUCUUAAAGAAUAAAGGUUCACUUCAGUUUGAAGACAAAUGGGAUUCCAUGCGCCCCAUCGUUCUGAAACUUCUUCGUCAGGAGUCUGUUACGAAACAGCAAUGGUUUGAUCUGUUUUCAGAUGUACAUGCAGUUUGCUUGUGGGAUGAUAAAGGUCCAGCAAAAAUCCAUCAAGCUCUGAAAGAAGACAUCCUUGAUUUUAUUAAACAGGCACAAGCAAGAGUGCUGAGUCACCAGGAUGAUACAGCUCUACUCAAAGCCUACAUCGUGGAGUGGCGCAAAUUCUUCACCCAGUGCGACAUUUUGCCCAAACCCUUCUGUCAGUUAGAGAUCACUCUCAUGGGCAAGCAGGGCAGCAACAAGAAGUCCAACGUGGAGGACAGCAUUGUUCGAAAGCUCAUGCUAGAUACGUGGAAUGAAUCCAUAUUUUCAAAUAUAAAAAAUAGACUUCAGGACAGUGCGAUGAAGCUAGUUCAUGCUGAAAGACUUGGAGAAGCUUUCGAUUCCCAGCUCGUUAUUGGAGUUCGAGAAUCAUAUGUUAACCUUUGUUCUAAUCCUGAAGAUAAACUUCAGAUAUAUCGGGAUAACUUUGAAAAAGCAUAUUUGGAUUCAACAGAGAGAUUUUAUAGAACACAGGCUCCUUCUUAUUUACAACAAAACGGUGUACAGAAUUAUAUGAAAUAUGCAGAUGCUAAACUAAAAGAAGAAGAGAAAAGAGCACUACGAUAUUUAGAAACAAGACGUGAAUGUAACUCUGUAGAAGCACUCAUGGAGUGCUGCGUCAAUGCCCUGGUGACAUCUUUUAAAGAGACUAUUUUAGCUGAAUGCCAAGGCAUGAUCAAACGAAAUGAAACAGAAAAGUUGCAUUUAAUGUUUUCACUGAUGGAUAAAGUUCCAAAUGGCAUAGAGCCUAUGCUAAAGGAUUUGGAAGAACAUAUUGUUAGUGCUGGACUUGCAGACAUGGUAGCAGCUGCUGAAACUAUUACUACUGAUUCUGAGAAGUAUGUAGAGCAAUUACUCACGCUAUUUAAUCGGUUUAGCAAGUUGGUUAAAGAAGCUUUUCAAGAUGAUCCAAGAUUUCUUACUGCAAGAGAUAAGGCAUACAAAGCAGUUGUGAAUGAUGCUACAAUAUUUAAACUUGAAUUGCCAUUGAAGCAAAAGGGAGUUGGAUUGAAAACACAGCCAGAAUCCAAAUGCCCUGAGCUUCUUGCUAAUUACUGUGACAUGUUGCUAAGAAAAACACCACUAAGCAAAAAACUAACCUCUGAAGAAAUUGAAGCAAAGCUUAAAGAAGUGCUUUUGGUACUUAAAUAUGUACAGAAUAAAGAUGUUUUCAUGCGAUACCACAAAGCUCACUUAACAAGACGUCUGAUAUUGGAUAUAUCAGCUGAUAGUGAAAUUGAGGAGAAUAUGGUGGAAUGGCUCAGAGAAGUGGGAAUGCCAGCAGACUAUGUAAACAAGCUGGCUAGAAUGUUCCAGGAUAUCAAAGUCUCUGAAGACCUGAACCAGGCCUUCAAAGAAAUGCACAAAAAUAAUAAACUUGCUUUACCAGCUGACUCUGUGAAUAUUAAAAUUUUAAAUGCUGGUGCCUGGUCCCGAAGCUCUGAAAAAGUGUUUGUCUCGCUGCCCACGGAGUUAGAAGAUCUCAUCCCAGAGGUUGAAGAAUUUUAUAAAAAGAAUCACAGUGGUAGAAAACUCCAUUGGCACCACCUCAUGUCCAAUGGAAUUAUAACAUUUAAGAAUGAGGUUGGUCAGUAUGACUUGGAGGUAACAACAUUUCAGCUGGCUGUGCUGUUUGCAUGGAACCAAAGACCCAGAGAGAAGAUCAGCUUUGAAAAUCUUAAACUGGCAACUGAACUCCCUGAUGCAGAACUUAGGAGGACUUUAUGGUCUCUUGUAGCAUUUCCAAAGCUGAAACGUCAGGUUUUAUUAUAUGAACCUCAAGUCAAUUCACCCAAAGACUUUACAGAAGGAACCCUCUUCUCGGUGAACCAGGAGUUCAGUUUAAUAAAAAAUGCUAAAGUUCAGAAAAGGGGCAAGAUAAAUUUGAUUGGUCGAUUGCAACUUACUACAGAGAGAAUGCGGGAAGAGGAGAAUGAAGGAAUAGUCCAGCUAAGAAUAUUGCGAACCCAGGAGGCUAUCAUCCAAAUAAUGAAGAUGCGGAAGAAAAUCACUAAUGCUCAGCUUCAGACUGAACUGGUAGAAAUAUUGAAAAAUAUGUUCUUGCCGCAAAAGAAAAUGAUAAAAGAGCAAAUCGAAUGGCUUAUAGAGCACAAAUAUAUCAGAAGAGAUGAGUCAGAUAUCAACACCUUUAUAUACAUGGCAUAAUUGGUGGACUCUGCGGGAUGCUGAGAACAUAAAUGGAAGGGUGCUUGGACAGACAGCUGCAACAGUUUGUGCUGCAGAAGGACUUGUUUUGACUUUCGUUACAUAUUAAAAUCCCUGCCUUACCUUACAGAGGACUAUAUUUUGCCAAUCUCAUUCAGCUAGCAUGAUGGCAUUCCCUUCAUGUUGCACACUUUUAACAGCAUGCUGUUUUGUGGGAAACUUGCAUUCAUGAAGAGCCCAUUGUGAACUUUUUUAAGUAGAUUUGAUUUACACCCACCAGGAAGAAUACAGGUUUGGGUUUUUAGAUGACCAGUACUUGCACAAGGAAAAAAUAUUCAAAUAUUCAUGCACUGAGGAACUGAUA